AUGUCCGCAAUACCAGUAAUUCUCUGCGGAAAAACCGCACAAAUAGCAGCAGGUGUGACCGCAGGCCUAAAACCAGAAUUUAAUGUGAUAUCAACACUCCUCUCCCUCCCCUCCGCAAAAUCCACCAUACCGAGUCUUCUACAGACCACACCCGCCAAAGCGGUGGUGUGCGGAGGAGGUUAUUGUGCUGAGGACGUAGGUGAGAUGAUUAAAGCUUGUGAGGCGGGGGAGGGUGUGAGGGGGGUGGGAUGGUAUCGGGUGGAUUCGACGAUUCCGAGUCCGCCUUUGGGACCUGCUUAUGGCAAAGCCGUAGUCGACCGGUUCAAAGCUAGGUUUGUCGAGGUAGAGGAAAAGAAGGAGAAAGUUGGGGAUGGGCAUGAGACUUUCUUGUUUUGA